AUGGCGAACACCGUAUCGAUUCUUGGGGCGACCGGGAAGACAGGACGUGAGGUACUGCGACUACUCCUAGCAAAAGAAGAUGUUAAGAUCAAUAUCUAUGUGCGGUCACGUUCGAAGCUCGUCGAUAUGUUUCCAAGUCUGUCAUCAUCUCCGAGCAUUUCGAUCUUCGAGGGGCCUCUGAGCGAUGUGGGCAAUAUGAUCAAGUGUCUCGGCGGUGUCCAAAGGAUCAUAUUCACGCUUGGAGAGAACGACAACUUGCCAGGCGUCAGUGUCAUCGAGGAUGGGGCGAAGACAGUUCUUGCUGCCCUUGCUGCCUUGCGACGGGAUCAGAAAGAUUGGCGGCGACCACGACUUCUUUUAUUGUCUUCGGCAACGUGGAAUCCGACCUUGGCUGCCACCAGGCCAGGCUUGGUUCAUUGGGCUAUCAAGACAGCCUUCUUUUAUCCGUACGCCGAUCUGCGUCGUGGGCAAGCACUUUUCCUUGCCGCUUCUUCCCUGGUGGACGUCCUCCUUGUCCAGCCUAACGGCCUUGUCGAAGAUGAGCCCAACGGCCAUCAUAUCAGCGUUGAAUGGGCAAGCCUCAGUGUCACGUACGGCGACUUGGGUGCUGCGUUUGUGGACUUGACAUGUAGUGCGGAUUGGGAUGCACUCCCUGCAGUCGGCGUGUCAAGCACGAAUGGUGACAAUGGACUGAAGUAUGGCCCAAUUUUGGGGUAUCGGAUCGUUAGAGGGUUGUGCUCGUAUAUCCCGGGGUUUUGGACAAUGAACAAGCUUGUUAGUGCGGCCAUCUCGAGCCUGCCAUUCAUUGCCAAAGCUGGCUAA